AGACUUCUGCUAUUUACAAUUAAGUCUGUCUGUUACAGAAUCCUCUUCUCCAGAUCGAAGCGUCUUCAGCCUUCGACGACUCCACAUCGAAGGCUUCUCCCGGCCAGCGGGCGCGAAUUGACGGCUACAGGUGGAAGUUCUCUAGCGCUUUUUCUUCUCCCGGCGCGAAUCGACUGCUCCAGGCCGCCAUCUCCAUCGCUUCUUCUUCUCACGGCGUGAAUUGAUGGCUCCAGGCCGCCAUCUUCAUCACUUCUUUUUCUGUCAAUUGCAACUGCUACGCCCGGAAACACUACAAAUACGGUCUUCGGAGCUUUGAGAAGCGAAGCUCCGGAUAUUAAAAAAUGGGUUACCUCCAGGAAGCUCGGAGAAUCACGUAAAGAAGAAGGUGGAAGAAGGUAAUAUGCAAACCAGCCGCUCAACUAUAAACUCUAGUAAAACCUCUUUCUCAAUCGAUUCGGGGUUUUACAUAGGAAUUGAUUUCCCAUUUUUGGGCUCUGAGCAUUUUUCUUGCUUCUCUUUAACCUUCAAAAUGGGAUUGGCUAUCAUGCUGGAGAGAAAGGAAUUGAUCCAAUGGUUGGUUGUUCCUGUGAUAACUGCUCUUUGGUGAACGGGUGAAAGUGAUUUAGUGGAUUCAUUCUUCUGUUGGGUUUGUGAGACUGUAGGGUUGCCUCUUUAGCAGUAGAUGGUGUUAGAUAUUUUGCACCCUUGAAUGUGGUUAAAAGGCUAACGUCUGUUCUUAUGCUCUUUACUUGAAACUGUCAUUCUCUAUGGUUUAUGACUUUAAUGGUUGACACAAAUGAUGGGGAGUAGGAAUUUGAACCUGAAAUGGCUACCUCAAUGUCCUUCAUUUUCUUUGUUUCAGUAGUAGUAGUGUAUGUAUCUGUGAUGAGGACGAUGUCCAGAUCAGCCAAUUUUGCAGACGAGACACUCGAAAUCAGAACUAGAACUUGGACAGUUGAUAAAAUCAGAACUGGAACCUGGACAGUUGACAAAAGCAGAACUGGAACUUGUGGCAGUGGCUAUUUGAUGUUUGCUAUUGUAAUUUUAUCAAAGUCGCUGCUGUAAUUCGUUUGAGCAAGAUUGUAGCUUAGCAAACUUGGCUAGUUGAUUGCAAGCCAUGUUCUGUCAUAGUGUUGUGUGAUUGUGUCUUACUAGUUCUGUUUCCCUUGUCAUACUAUUUUAGUAUUUUUUUCUUUGGUUUCUCUAUUUCAGGUCAUGCUUCUGGUAGUGCCCUGUGCAGGCUGCAAUCAAGGAGUUGCAUGCUCUACAUUGUCACAAACAGUACUAACAUUUGUUUUUGUGAGGGAAAAGUGUAGUGUGAAAAUAUGCAGAUGAUGGUCACAUUUUGAUACACAAGGCAAGGGAGCUUGUAUAUAUGUUAUUAGGCAUGACUGGUUUCUUCUUCUCUGAAUCCUUCUGUAAAUAGGGUGAGUGGCUUUCAGUUGAAUCUUGGCAUCUUUCUUUGUACAGUGGUUCUAAACCCGAACUAUUAACUUUGUGUCAUUUGUAUCCUAAAGUAUUCGAUAUGACAAUUGUGUCCCAAACUAUUUUUUCGUUAUGGUUGAUUGGCGUUGACCGUUAGUUUUAAAUAGAAAGUCUAAUCAGCACUGAUGUGGCAUCUGACGUGGAAAUUAAAAGGAAAAAAUAACAAAAAAUGGAAAUUAAAAGAAAAAUUAAAAAAGGGGAAAUUUCGUUCACUUUCCCAAAUUGGACUUUCCUCUUCACCUUUUCCCCGUAACCCUUCUGGAUUCCGCCGAAAGAGAGAGAAAGAGAGAAUUAGACAGGGGAAAUCAGAGCGGAAGCUUGUGCUUCAAUGUCGAUUCACCGGAAGUAGCCGAUCGUCCACUUGCUACAGGCAAAUUCACUCAAGAGCAUACGCCUUCCCUCGAACCACGCCAGUCGAACAUCCAUCCAUCUGCCGCCGCUGCUGAGUUCGUAGGGUGAGCUCUGAGAUUGCUACCCACAGCAGCACUCGAGCGGCACGAAGUAGAAGCUGUGUGUGAGGCCGCUCUGACUCCGAUUCUGCUCCACCAGUCUUUCUUCCACCAGCCGAGCCAAUAACAACGAUUAACAAUCACCUCUCUAGAAAACUCUUCAGUCCUCAUCGCCUGACUUCUCUCCCCCAACCCCACGGUUUUGCUACCCCGCCGCCGAUUUGGAUCUCAAUUCCCCCUGCAUGUCGUCCUUUCCCCUGCUCCUCAAUUGCAGCUCUCGACUUGCCUAUGUUUUUCACUUUUUUGUUUUUUCGAUCUUUGCAGCUCCUUAAUUGCAUGUCGUCUUUUAUUCUCCUUGAGGAAGGUACACUUUCCGUGAAGGGUUCUGGCUGAUCAGAUCUGCCAUUUCGGUCGAUUAAUCAGUUGGGACCCUUCGUUUGCCUUGCAUACUUUCUCUCAAUAUAUCUUCCCUUUUCUAAAACUCUUUUGGCUUCAAUACUCCCCCGACCGACUCCAUCCAUUCAAGCUCGAUAAAUCUUGAAUGAAGAGAGGGUUGACUGUUUCUAGCUCGAUAAAUCUUAAAUCAAGAGAUUUUUUUUUCUAGAAUAGAUUCUGGGAGGAGAUGAUUAAGGUCGAUGGGAAGAGAAGCGGAGGAAAGGGACGGCAGAGGAUGGACCCCAAAUGAAAGGAUUUUGGGUUUCCUGGAGAAGAAGAUACAGAUGAAUGACGAAGGAAUCGACGCCUCCCAUCUCACCGAUUUUGGCGAAAGCCUGGCGACUUGUAUGGAAGGGAACGAGGAGGUGAGGGCGGCGGUGAGAGUGGCGGAGGGGAAGACGAGAAUGCCGCCGCCAUUCCCUUCUUCAUCGGCGGAAUUUGAUUAGAAGAAGAAGAGGAAAGCUUAUGAGGGUUUA